AUGCGCGACACCGUCCGGGACAGCGACGCAGGCUCUGGCCUCCUAUCAAUGAGCGCGCUGUGCUGGGUGGUGAAGAGGAUGGAUCGCCUGACCGGCGACGACCGUCGCAGUGCGACCAGCAUGGACAAGGUCCUCGUUUCGGGGUUGAAGGAGCAGCGGAUUCGGAUGAUGACAUACAUCAAGGAACACGUCGCACGCAGACGGUCAGGCCAUGUCGGAGUUGGUGCCGAUGCCUGUGACGACGACGCCGCGGAGCCCCCUUCGGCAUCCCAAGCAGUCGGUGUCGCCGACACCAGCGGAGAGGCCGGAGACGGCGUCAACAAGGCAGAUGAGGAGGCAGAAAGGGCUGUGGCGAGGACCGCGGAUCAGGAAAAGGAGGAGGAGGAGGAUGACACCGACGAUCAGGAUGAUAACGAGGAGGAUCGUGAGGAGCGUGAGCAGGGGCAUGGGCAGGAGGAGGAGGAGGAGGAGGAGGAGGAGGAGGAGGAGGAGGAGGAGGAGGAGGAGGAGGAGGAGGAUGAGGAGGAGGAGGAGGAGGAGGAGGAGGAGGAGGAUGAGGAGGAGGAGGAGGACAAGGAGGCGGCGGCGGCGGAGGCCGUGGAGCAGGGUUUCGGGUCGGUGGAGCAGGUGGCAGAGGGGGAGAAGCAGCAAGAGGGGGAGGAGGAGGUAGAGUUCCCCUGGGUCGAAUUCGAGAUGGAGGAUGUUGAGGGAGCGGCGGCGGUGGCCGUGGAGGGAGCGGCGGCGGCCAUGGAGGGAACGGGUGGGAUGUCGGCGGAUGUUGUGUACGUGCGAGGGGAGGGUGCCGAUGCGGAGAAUGUCGGCGUGGAGGAGGCGCACGUGGUCGGCAAUGUGGUUGGCGACGCGAAGGAGGAGGAUAACGUCGUGGCCCCGACGCCGACGGGCGUGGAGACCACCACAGGGAACGCAGGGGUGGAACGCCGGGGUGGAGCGGUAGAGGCGGGCCGUCAACCGGGUUCCUCAGCAGCUGGUCGGCAGGCAACGCCGGCCGUCGUCGCGCAGCUGCGACAGGAGAACAUGUGGCUGAGGGCAGAAAAUGCUCGUCUCGAGACGGCGCUCGAAGUGGAGAGGGGUCGGGUGGACAGUCGGCUGAUGGACGCGUCCUUGACCAUGGCGACGACCGUGACGGAGAACAUCACCGCCAACAUGGGUGAAGCAUGGGAUGCGAUGAAGGCGUACGCCGAGAGGGCGGAGAGCUGGCUGGACGAUCUAGAGAAUCCGGAGGGGUUUAUGGCGGUGCAACGUGCGAACGCGGUCGUCGCCCUGGGCAGCCACGUGGACGAAGCGAUGAAGGGAUUGGAGGAAUACAUAUCGAAGCACCUAGUCGCCGCGCAGACCAACAUCGCCGCCGCGGUAACUCAACGCGUCGCCGUCCCGCCGCCCACGCAGCCCGCCCCACCGCCAGCCUUCCCGGACGAGCUCAUGAAGUCUUUCAAGGCGGACGUGUUGAAGGCGGUGACUGAGGCCACCCAGCAGUCGUUUGCUGCGUCCGGGUUAAACCUCAUGACCAGCCGAUGGGAGCCGCGGCGUCGGCCAGGCGGCUCGCGGGGCAAGGGAGCCGAUGGAAGCGGAGGUACGAGCGUGGUCGACCAGCUGAAGAAGAACGGGGCCAAGGUGAUAAGGACGCACAGCAAGGGCGAUGGAAUCAGGAGUGCGGAGGGGGGCCCUGCCGACCAGGUUGCCGCUCAAGAGGCUGGACCAACAGCCCCGCCAUUGGUCGCCGAGAAGCCGGCCAGUCUAGCGACCGCACCAACGGCGAUAGAUGGCGGCGCCAAAACCGUCAAGGGACCGUCCGUCGGAGUGGCGGGGACCACGUCGAUCCCCCGCAAACCCCCUGCGGCUAGCAGCGCGCCGGUCGCCCCGUCAGCCGCCAACAACGAUAGGCCGUCCCUUGCGGCUACUCCAGCACCAGCAGGCACGUCUGCCGCCAGGGUUGACGCGGUGGAUGCUGCGGCUAACCGCGCUGGUCCGUCCGCCCCAAAGGCGAACGCGCUCAGGGAGAUGCUCUGCCGCAUGGAGACCCAUCGACAGGACGUGCAGCAGCCUCCCGUGGUCGGUACCGCGCCGGCCACAACAGCACGUCGCUCGGUCACUCCCCAGGUCGCCGCCACAAUGUCCAGUGCCCCACCUACCGCGCCUAUCAUCGCCGCCCGUCCUCCGGUGGACCCAAAGUCCGCGUUGCUUCGCGCCCGGUUAGGCGCACGUACUGCGGCUGCGCAAGCACGGGCUCAGCCGGUAUCCAGCUCAUGCGCGACGCCGACGUCGGUGACCGUAGCUGCACACACACUCGGUGCGGCUACUGUCGAGGCGGUGGCGGAGAAGGGCAUGAGUGCAGCGCUAGCCACGGGCGGCAGAUCAGUUGACCCUGCACAGGCGGCGAAGGACCACAACGAUGCCGAUAUCACUGCCAUCCAGGACCUGUUGGAAGCGGUAAACCGCCCCAAGCAGCCCCCUGUGCUGGCCAUCUUGGACUCGGCGAGUCCCACCGGUUGUACAGCGGAGCCAAAGACGACCACUGCUGCGGUCGGCGCGGGAAAGUCGAAACGGAAGGGGAUGGUUGACGCAGGGAAAGCGAGGCCGAGCUCGAAGAAGAAAACACGGGCGACGUCCGCGAUGGUGAAGUCGGUGGAGAAAGGACAGGGGAUGGCGACGGCGAUGGUGGAGAAGGAGGAGGAGGAGAUCGAGGAGAAGAAGGAGAAGGAGGAGAAGGAGAAGGAGGAGGAGGAGAAGGAGAAGGAGAAGGAGAAGGAGAAGGAGGAGGAGAAGGUGGAGGAGGCGGAGGUGGGGGAGGAGGAGAAGGAGAAGGAGGAGGAGAAGGAGGAGGAGGAGAAGGAGGAGGAGAAGAAUCUGGAGGAGGAGGAGGCGGCGACGGAGGAGGAGAAGGUGAAGGUGAAAGAACGGAAGGGUCAUGGCAUCCGCCACGACACCACGGGCGACAAGCAAGGGUGGGUGGGCGAGAUUAAGGUGGUCGGGAACGAGAGCAGAUACAUCGGCAAGUCCCGCGACAAGAUGGAGCUGGCGUACCUUCACUCGAUUGUGUACCUCCUGUACGACGGUUACGUCAGCAAGAUCCUCAUGGCCGAGCUCACCGGCUUGGAGGAAACAGUGAUGAAGCAGUGGAGGGCGGUGUGGAAGGAAGUCCGGUUCUUGCCGACUGGGAUGUGGACGGUGAUAUGGGCACGGGGCGCGUUCCUCCCAAAGACACGGUUCGAUGAUAUCCUCGGGAAGUAUCGAGCGUACAAGACAUCAGGCGAUGCGCACCACGAUGCGCUUUUGCCCGCGAUCUGGUUCCCCGUCGAUGCCAACACGAAGGAAAGGAAGGAGAAGUCGGAUGCAAUGAUGCCGGCCAUGAUUGAUCGCGUGUCCAUGUGCGCGGCGUAUGGGAUGGUCGCUGCAUCCGCGGCGAGAAUGGAGGGCGACACGGAUCAGAAGACGGCGAAGGUCGCACAGGCGCUGUCGGCCUCCGCUUGCGCCCUGUGGUGCUUAGUCGAUGGCGACGGCGCCCAGGUGGCUGAUGCCGUCCGCGAAGGGAAGGCGGCGGCGAUGUUGGUCGGCGCCAGCGAGACUACCGCCGCCGAGUUCAAGAAGGUCAUGACGGCGGUGCUGGAGGCCGCGAUCAGCAGGCAGCAACCCCUUGGGGAGGUUGCGCACAACGUCGCACCGGCGCUGGAGUCCACCGCUCUGGCCAAAGCCUAUCCGGGGUUGGAUGUUGAAGCCGAGGCCAAACUGAUCGCACGAGCGACGGUGGAAACCCUCGCGUUCUGGGGAAUGUGCCCCGUGGAUGGGCCGAAACUCAGGAAGAUCGGCAUCGCGGUGCCGCUUGACGCGCAGAUGGAGUACGACAUCGAACACAGGGGGAGGAAGAGGCCGAGGGGCAAGCAGGGCAAGGACAGCUCGGGGAAGAAGGGGAAGAAGGGCAGAGCGGGCAAGGACAGCACGGCGGCGUAG